CUUUCAAACGUCCCGUCUCUUUCUUUUUCUCUCUGUGCUCAUGGUAUCCGAUAGUCGGCGAUGCUUUAGCUCCUGACGCUGAACUCAUCGCCUAAGAAAUUAGGAAUGCAAUUUCUCCUGGCUCAAGUGAAGGUGCUUCCUUCCCUUACCUUCGCCUGCGAGCUAUAUCGUCCCUCUUCCUUCACCGUCGUCGGAAACCUUCUCCGGCGAGUUGGAGAGAGUGAAGCCGCUUUUGAUUCUGCUUCCUUUCGCUCUUUUUAUUAACUAGUGUGAUCCCUAAUUCUCCGAAGCUCUUUCACUCUUUAACUCUACUUUUGUUCUCACUAUUUUUCUCCAGAAUCCCUCGGCUUUAGCCUUUUUGCUUACAUUUCCUGCGACUAAUUGUUUCCGAUCGGAUCGAUUUUCGCCGUCGUAUUCAUCGAUAGAAAGACUAUCAUUCCUAGUGGUGUACCGAGAAUAGUUGACUGUUACAGUUAAUAAUAUAGUGCUGAAAAUAAACAGAGUUUAGUCGAAGUUUCAAGACCAUGUUAGAUCUUAAUCUUAAUGCGGAUUCGACCGAUUUGACUCAGAACCAUGACUCAGUCAUGUUCUUCGACAAAUUUCCUGAAGCUUCGGUGAAUCAAAUGGCGGAAUCGGGAACCUCUAAUUCAUCUGUUGUCAAUGCCGACGGGUCUAGUACUGGAGGAGGCGAUGAUGACUCUUGUUCUACACGGGCUGGCGACGUUGUCACCUUCAAUUUCGAUAUCCUUAAGGUGGAAGGCGGAAACGAGGUCGCCACCAGGGAGUUGUUUCCGGUUGGUGGAGCAAAAGGAGUGGAUAGCGACUCUGGGAAUUGGCAGGGGCAGUCUUCAUCACCCUUUCCAUCAAAUAAGAGCCGGAUGGAUCUCUCAUUCGAUAGUCAAGGUGGCAGCACGGAGGCAAAGAUGAUUCAACUUCAGCAACAACCUCAGCCGCAGGUGAAGAAGAGCAGGAGAGGUCCAAGGUCUCGGAGCUCCCAGUACAGAGGAGUCACCUUCUAUAGGAGGACCGGAAGAUGGGAAUCACAUAUCUGGGACUGUGGGAAACAAGUUUAUUUAGGUGGUUUUGACACUGCACAUGCCGCUGCUAGAGCCUACGAUCGAGCUGCUAUUAAAUUCAGGGGAGUUGAAGCUGAUAUCAAUUUCAACCUCAGUGAUUAUGAGGAGGAUCUUAAACAGAUGAAGAAUCUCACCAAGGAGGAGUUUGUUCACAUUCUUCGCCGCCAGAGUACUGGUUUCUCUAGGGGUAGUUCAAAAUACCGGGGGGUUACACUGCACAAAUGUGGACGCUGGGAAGCUCGGAUGGGACAAUUUCUUGGCAAAAAGUAUAUAUACCUUGGGCUGUUCGACAGCGAAGUAGAGGAAAUCAGGGCUUACGAUAAAGCAGCCAUUAAGUGCAAUGGGAGGGAGGCAGUAACUAACUUUGAGCCAAGUACUUAUGAAGGGGAGUUAAAUCCUGAAGCGAUCAAUGAAGGUGUCCGUCACAAUCUUGACCUCAACUUAGGCAUAGCAACCCCAGGCAAAGGUCCCAAUGAAAGCAGGGGCAAUCCUGAGCUCCAGUCAUUUCCUCACGAUAUGCAUGCCAGAACAAGUUCUAGGAUGGAGACUAACACUGUCUCAGUAAUUGGUGAUCAAGCUAUGCAAAAGCUUGUUGUGACUGGAGAUCGCCCUUCUGUAUGGAAUGGCAUAUAUUCAAAUUUCUUUCCUAGUGAGGAAAGAGGUGAGAGAAUGAUCACAAGUCCUGCGCAAGGACUCACCAACUGGACGUGGCGAAGGCAUGGCCAGCCAAGUGGUAGCCCAGUUCCACAGUUCUCUACUGCAGCAUCAUCAGGAUUCUCCCUUUCAUCCACUGCUAUCUUCCCGGCGAAACCUAUGAACUCCCUUCCCUUGAGUCUCUCUUUUUCUUCUCCAUCCACUUCGGCUGCCCCCACCGCACCUCAAUAUUACUACCACUUGAAGCAACCCCGUUCACUGCCUUAGCCUAACUUCAUCUCAUGCAUGGCAAUCCAGAUUAUACAAGUUUGUAGUCAAAAUUCUUUGCUUGUUCGAGUUAUUGUGAUUUGCUUUAAAACAUGCUCAAGAAAAUUGCUGAUUCCUUCAUGCAUUAUCUUCACUUCCAAACCGUCACCUAUAUCUUAGAGAGAGAGUUUUAUGUUCUGUUUAAUUAGCUGAGUAGUUCUGUAUUCUGAUGGCCCUUCUGCAUCACGAGAAGUUUUUGUCUUGUUUUGCAUAGCCGAGUGUGCGUCAUACAUUGCUUGUCCUUGAACAAUCACUGUUUGGAUUUUAAAAUAAAACUUAAAUUUAGAAUGAAUUUUCA